AUGAAUAAUCUAUUAAACCUUCAACCCGUUAAAAAUUCUUCAAAUUUUAGCGGUCUACGGGAAUUGCACGACCAGUGCGACGUUAACAUUAGAAGUUUGCAAAAUCUUGGAGUUACAUCUGGUUCAUACGGUCAUUUAUUGAAUCCAAUUCUUAUGAAAUUACUACCUCAAGAUAUGAUGUUAGAUUUUCAUCGUAAGUGUAAACCCAAAAGAGGUAAGGACGUUUCUGAAUUGCUUAUUUUUUUGAGAAAUGAAAUUAAGUGUCGUGAAGUUAUAUCGGCUGUUUAUAACUCUUGUAGUUCCAGUAAAGUAUGCAGUGACUCUAGGGCUAAACCUAAUAAUGGUCAAAAACAGAAUCCACGAUUUGGAAAGGGAAACAUUUCAACAAUGACUUUAAAUACAUCUCAAAAUGUACUAGCAGACAAAUUGUUUUGGAUAUUUUGUAAAUCUCAUAAUAAUCAUUUUUCUAAUAAUUGUGACGUAGUAACAGAUAAUGUUAAAAAACAAAUACUUAAGAAAGAAUAUUGUUGUUAUAAAUGUUUUCGUAAAAACCAUCUUUCUGCUGAAUGCAGAAGUAAAAUUGAUAAAUGUAACUUUUGUAAUGAAUUUAGUCAUAACAAAUUGUUUUGCAAAUUAAGUCAAACUUCUAGUAAUAAUUCUAAUACAAAUACUCUAGUGUCUCUAACGCAAUCUGAAACAUCUAACGAAUUUAAAGCGACACUUUUGCAAAUUUGCAUUGUUGCUAUAUCAGCAAAUAGCGGUAAGGAGCUAGUAUGCUGUUUUAUUGACCCUGGAAGUGAAAGGACAUUUUUAACGAGAAAACUUGUAAACUCUUUAAAAUUAAAACCAAUUAGGAAAGAAAAACUAAUGAUCUAUUUUGGUCAGCAUAAACCCCAAGAAAUUAUUUAUGAUGUUGUGUCAGUGAAGUUACGCAGCAUAUUUAAUUCUAGCUCCCUGAAAAUUGAAGCUUUAGUUACAGAUGUUAUCACUUGCGCAAAAUUGAAACAAGCUCCUCGCGACCUUCACAGACUUCUUUGCUCACAAGGGUACAAAUUGUGUGAUCCUAAAAGGAAAGAUGAAACAGGAAUCCUGUUAGGCUCUUAUUAUGCUUGGCAAACCAUGAGGGGUGAAGUUAAACAAUUACCGGGUGGGUUGUUUAUUAGUGAAACUAUAUUCGGACAUACUGUUCAGGGCCCAUUGGAAUCGGAAAACUUUAACUCAACAGCGGGAGUGCAUUUUAUGAGCACAGCUGAUGCAGAAUUAAACAAUGAAAUAAAUAAAUUUUGGAGUUUGGAAUCGCUAGGCAUAAUAGCUAACGAGGUAAAUAAUUCAGAUUUGGCUAUCGUGAAAGAUUUCGAAGAUAACCUAAAAUUUGUCGAUGGUAGGUAUGAAACGAAACUUUUGUGGAAACCCCAUGAACUUCCGUUAAGCAAUAACUUUAAGAUUGCAGAGUACCGUUUCGAAAAUUUAAAACCUAAAUUAUAUAAAAACGAAUGGUUGCUGGAAAAUUACAAUGCUAUUAUGCUAGAACAGUUAAGAGACGGUGUAAUUGAAUCAUGUAAAAGUGAAACGCGUGAAACGAAAAGUUAUUAUAUGCCGCACAGACCUGAAGUAAGAAAAGAAAAAUCAACGACAAAGGUUAGGAUUGUUUAUGAUGCCUCAUCAAAAUCAAUUAAUUGUAACUCUCUUAAUGAAUGUCUUGAUUCAGGACCGAAUUUAAAUCCAACCAUUUUAGACGUCAUAUUAAAAUUUCGAAAAAAUAAAAUAGGAUUUUCCGCUGAUAUCGAAAAAGCUUUUCUCCAAAUUAAAAUUGCAGAAGAAGAUAGGGAUUACUUGACAUUCUUAUAUUUUGAAAAUUGCGACAGUAGCAAAGAAACCAAAUCUUAUGGAAUGACUCGUGUCCCCUUUGGUGUGACGAGUAGCCCCUUUAUUUUAGCUUCCGCUAUUAAGUAUCACAUUAAAAAAUACGAAAAAAGUAAUUAUGAAACAUACAACAUGCUUAACACUUCACUUUACGUGGAUGAUUUAUUUUUUGGUUCUGAGACUGUUGAAUCUGCUGUUAAAUUGUCCACUGAAGCUGUUCCGAUCUUGAAAGAAGCGGGACUGGAGCUAAUGCCUCUAUUAGACAUGUUACAAAAACCCUUAAAAUGUAGCAAAAGAGUUGUGUUACAGACAGCGGCUAAAUGCUUUGAUCCUGCUGGAUUUAUUUCUCCUUUCCUAAUUCGAAUCAAGUGUAUUGUACAAGAACUGUGGGAAAUGGGACUUGAUUGGGACGAAACGUUCAAUGCAGAAAUGAGAAAGAAGUGA